GGCGCUUCUUCGCCACUCGUCGUUAAGUUCGCAGAUUCCGACAAGGAGCGCCAAAUGCGGCGUCUCCAAUACCCACAUGCCCCCCAGCACCAGAACCAUCACGUGUAUCAGCCUCACACCAUCUCGUCACACAUGACCCCGCCUCGUAGCCUCAUCUUGACUGGCAUCUCAAACGGAUCGCCCAUCAGCGCCGCGGCUGCCGGUGGUGGCGCUGGUUACUGCACCGGCACCGGUGCCCUCGGCAACAGCGGCUGCGGCAGUAGCAGCAGUAGCAGCAGCAGUGGCAGCAGCGGCGGUGGAGGGGCCGGGGUCGGCAGUAACCUCUGCCUUCAUACGGCGCUGUCGGUUGCCGACGCCGGGCUGCUCAACGGAGUUGCCGGGCUGACCAAUGGCUACAUGAACGGGCACCUCUUCGGCGGCGGUUGCGGGGCUCGUUCAGUCGCCUCCGUCUCCUCGAGCUCCCCAUAUUGCGGCCUCCCGUGCUCUUCUGCCGCCUCUGUCGCCUCUUCCCUGCCCUGUACGUCGGUCUUUGCUCUCACACACGACGCAGUCGCCGCCAACCACAGCCCCGGAGGCAUCAACAACCCCAGCACCAGCACCACUCCGUCCACUCUGUCCGGGCCCGCCGCCUCGUCGCCGGCCUCUCCCGCCCACUCCAGCCUCAUCACAUGCACGCCCCCACCCCCCGGCUUCGCCGCAUUGCCCACGGCAAACAGUGUCUUGAUGACCCCUGCCGCGCCCGGGGGCAUCUCCUUCUCCAGCCCCGGCUUCUUCGGUCUGAAUCCCGCACCCGGACAGUCUGGUCUCGCCUCGUCCCCGGCCACCGCCGUCUCUUCUGCCGGUGGCCUCGACCAGCAACUACUUGUGUUGCCGGGCCAUCUCUCGGCUGCAGCCGGCGGCUACUGCCUGACGGGCCCUGCCAACGCGGCGUCAAACGGUAUGAACGCCCUCGCCGCCUAUCAACAGGCCGUGGCCGCCGCUCUUUUGGCGCAUCAGCAACAGCAACAACAACAGCAGCAGCAGCAGCAACAACAGACCUCACUCACGCAGCAACAGCAGCAGCAACAACAUCAGUUGCAUGCCUCGGUUACGCAUGGCCACAACAUAUCACUGACGGCAAAUCCGCUCAACUCUGCCGUCUACUCUCCCGUCUCGCCGUUCAUUCAGGUGAGCUCUUGGUUCUAUCAAUUGAGCUGA